AAGCAUACCGGCUUGAUCAUGCCGGAAACCACCGUGAAAGCGCCCAAGAAGGGCUCAAAGAAAGCCGUGUCUAAGAGUGUCAGCAAGAGCGGCAAGAAGAGGAGGAGGACCAGGAAAGAGAGCUACGCCAUCUACGUGUACAAGGUGCUGAAGCAGGUUCACCCCGACACCGGCAUCUCGUCCAAGGCCAUGGGCAUCAUGAACUCGUUUGUCAGUGACAUCUUUGAGCGCAUCGCUGGUGAGGCCUCCCGUCUGGCUCACUACAACAAACGCUCCACCAUCACUUCCAGAGAGAUCCAGACCGCCGUCCGCCUGCUGCUGCCCGGUGAGCUGGCCAAGCACGCCGUGUCUGAGGGCACCAAGGCCGUCACCAAGUACACCAGCUCCAAGUAAACAGUCUUGCUGCCUCUGAGACUAAACCAACGGCUCUUUUAAGAGCCACCCACUUUAUCUGAAGAUCAGUUCCAAAAUGUUUACUCUGUAUUAUUCGAUCGAUCUGUCUUUAAACAUUUGAGCGUAAAUCAAUACUCAAACAAUGCUGAGUAAGUACGUGUUCUGUUUCACUGGAAGAUCUCUCGAGUACUCAAUUCUAUAUUAUUACAGGGAGAGAAAUCCAAAGCUUAAUUAAAUCAACAUUAAACACCCAUCCUUUCAGGGUUUUGUUGAAUCAUCUAAUGGAGUUCAGCCCUCAUUAUCCACCUCUCCCAAAUCACACACGACACAAUCUGUUUUCCUCCUGAUUAUACUUUGAUUUUCCAACAGUUAACAUCUCACUGUUUCUGGAGAAUUUGAGUUUGUUAAAAUAACUAGUUUUGUACAUUAUAAACUGUUGGUGGUUGUCAGGUAUGUGAGAUACAGACGACUUUGUUAAAUUUAAGUGUUA